UGCGCGACUUGUCGAACACCUUGAAUCGUGCUGCCACGACGGAGACAUCACCCCACAAUGGCGGAAGCAAAAGGCGACUACUUUGUUGACGAAAGCCUUUCAACCACUAAACAGAAUAUUCACGUCAAAUGGUACCGUUCAACGUUUUACAAUGCCCUGAUUCUCGGUCUCGCAAACUUCUCGGCACCAGGGAUAUGGGGUGCCAUGAACUCGCUGGGUGCCGGAGGCCAAGCGAGCCCACACCUCGUGAAUGCUGCCAACGCACUCACCUUCUGUCUCAUGGUGGUCUCAUGCUACUUCUCCAGUGCUAUCGUGCACCUGAUAGGUAUCAAAUGGGCGCUUGUCAUCGGGACCAUGGGCUAUGCACCCUAUGCCGCCGGCUUGUACACCAACAACCGCUUCGGCAUAGAAUGGCUUACUCUUUUAGGUGCUGCGUUGUGCGGAAUUUCAGCUGGUAUCUUCUGGAUGGCUGAGGCAGCGAUCGCCUUGGCGUAUCCGGAACCAUAUAACCAGGGUAAAUUUCUGGGGUUCUGGCUAAGUUUCCGACUCGCCGGCCAAAUCCUCGGCGGCGCAAUCAAUGUCGGCAUCAAUGCGCACAAUUCCAAGGCUGGCAAGGUGUCGUACACAGUAUACCUUGUCUUCAUUGCGCUUCAAUCGAUUGGACCGUUUGUGGCGUUGUUAUUGAAUAAGCCUUCUCAGGUGCAGCGGACGGAUGGGCGAAAGGUCGAUCUGUCUGUGGUGGACCACCCCUGGGUCGAGAUCAAAGCGACCACAAAGCGCUUCUUCAGCAAGCAAUUCCUCUUAAUAGUCCCUUUCAUCGGUCAAGCCGUGUACACUGAAGCAGUCAUGUUCACAUUCUCAGCCUUGUGGUUUUCGGUCCGUGCUCGAGCACUAGGGUCGUUCUUAUCAGGAAUCGUCGCUGUCAUUGGUGGGAACCUCCUCGGAUUAUUCCUCGAUCGCACGCGCAUCGCUCUCAAGACCCGCGCACGAGGGUCGUUCUUUUUCCUCAGCACGCUUCAGCUUGGACUAUGGAUAUGGUCUACGGUCCUCGUAACUCGGUUUCGGCGGACAAAGCCCACUUAUGACUGGUCAGAUGGCACCAAUGGAUUUGCAAGUCCAUUUGCUCUGUUCUUGUUCCUUGUCAUUGGAUUCCAGGUGAAUUAUUUGUACCUUUACUUUGUGAUCGGGCAGAUGACGCUGUCACCGCCGGAAACUGUACGAUUGGCUGCGCUGCUGAGAGGGACAGAGUCGGCAUGGCAAGCAUUGAGUUAUGGCUUGAAUUCAGUCGCAGUUUUCGGAGAAGUUGGCGGCGUUUACCUCAAUUUCAGCCUGUGGGCGUUGGCAUUGGUCCCAGCUUGGUUGGUUAUAAAGGAUUUUGGAGCCUCGGCGCAGGUAGAUGGACGCAGAUCAUCAACGGGAGUGUUUGGGCUUCCUGCCACAGGCGAUGAAGACGCUGGAACCCGCAGUGAAGAUAGUCAGGAAGCGGCGCGGAGCGACGAGACGGUGAAGGUAUAGACGGUAGGACAUAGGCUGGUAGAUUUCCC